AUGCGUUUCACUGCUGUCUCCAUUGCCUUCUUCGCCGGCCUGGCCAUUGCUGCCCCCGGUGCUGACAAGACCGUCUACGAGACCGACGAGGUUACCAUCACCUCUUGCGCUCCCACCGUCACCGACUGCCCCGGUAACAGCGGUGCCGGCGUUGAGCCCACUGCCAGCACCACUCCUACCAGCGUCCCCGCCGCUGCCACCACCCCCGCUGGUGAGGUCCCCGUCCAGUCCUCCGAGACCCCCGCCUGGUCUGCUGAGACCCCUGCCUGGUCCUCCGUCCCCACCUGGGCUCCUUCCAGCGUCUCCAGCGCCCCCGCUCCCCCCGCUGAGACCGCCCCUGCCCCCGUUGAGACUGCCCCUGUCUCCUCCACCGUGAUUGCCAUCACCACCUGUGUGCCCACCGUCAUCUACUCGACCGUCCCCGUCGGCCCCAGCUCCGCCCCCGUCGGCAGCGGUAGCGUCGUCCCCCACGGCCCCACCGGUGGUGUCCCCCACGUGCCCUCCAGCACCAAGGGUGUUCCCACUGGCACUGCCUCUACCACCCCCGCCACCUCCUCCCCUGCCUUCAACGGUGCCGGUGCUCUCAGCGGCUCCCUCGGCUUCGCCGGUGCCGCCGCCGCCGCCGCCUUCUUCCUGGCAUAA